UAAAUUGCCAUUCAAUCUCCUCACUCAUUCUGCUGCAAUCGAACAAUAUGGAUUCGAGCACACCUCAAUUCGGAACCUCUUCUUCCUCUUCAUCUUCUUCUUCUUCCACCCAUUCAUUCACACACGAUGUUUUUCUGAGCUUCAGAGGUCCAGAUACGCGCAACAAUAUCACAUGCCAAUUGCACAGAGCUUUGGUUGACAAGGGUAUCUACACCUUCAUUGAUAAUGACCUUACAAGAGGAAAAGAUAUCUCAAAUGAGCUUCUCCAAGUAAUUGAAGGUUCAAGGAUUGCCAUUGUUGUAUUCUCUGCAAACUAUGCAUAUUCAAAGUGGUGCUUGGAGGAGCUCGUUAAGAUCUUUCAGUGUAAAGAGUCCAAGCAACAAAUCGUUUACCCUAUUUUCUACAAGGUACAACCCUCGGAGAUACGAUACCAGAAGGGCCACUUUGGUGAGGGAAUUGCUCACCUUAGCAAAUACAAGGAUAACUUGGAAAAGGUGGAGAGUUGGAAGGCAGUUCUUAGAGAAGCAGCAACUUUGUCUGGGUGGCUCAUCAUGGAAGGAGGACAUGAAGCAACUGUCCUUGAUGAAAUUGUUAAAGAGAUAUCAUCCAAACUAAUGAAAUACACCUCUUUGGAUGUGGCAACAUAUCCUGUUGGAAUAGAAUCUCGUGUGGAAAACGUAGUUAAGCUUCUAAAUGUUGCAGAAGAUGAUCCUCAAAUGAUAGGGAUAUGGGGAGUUGGCGGAAUAGGAAAGACAACACUUGCAAAAGCUGUUUACAAUUCAAUUAGCAAUAUGUUUGAACAUAGCUGUUUCCUAUCAAUUGUUAAGGAAGAAUCAUCUUCACAUGGAGAUGGAGCUCUUGUCAAGCUACAAAACAUUUUGCUUUCUAAGAUUAUAGAGAGGAAUCCACCUAAGUUGACCAAUAUUGAUGAAGGAAUCAAUUUGCUGAAGAAAAACCUAAGCAAAAAAAGAGUUCUAUUAGUUCUUGAUGAUGUUACAAACAUUAAACAAUUAAGAAAACUUGCUGGAGGGUGUGAUUGGUUUGGUCCAAGAAGUAGAGUGAUCAUAACAACAAGAGAUAAGAAUUGCCUAGAGGCUCAUAGCGUCAAGAAAAUAUAUGAUGCCAAGGAAUUAGAUGAUGUAGAAGCUUUGAAGCUCUUCAGUUUUAAUGCCUUUAGAGGAAAUAUAUAUAUAGAUGAAUUCUCUGACCUUGCACAGAGCGUAGUACGUUAUGCAAAAGGAAUUCCAUUAGUGUUGGAAGUUUUGGGGUCAGAUCUAUGUAGUAAAAGUAAGGAUGAGUGGGAAGAUGCAUUAAAGUAUUACAAAAAAUAUCCUAAACAAAAGGUUCAAGAAAUUCUCCAAAGGAGUUACGAGGGAUUGGAGCAUGGAGUAAAAGAAGUUUUUCUUCACAUUGCAUGUUUUUUCAAGAAUUACAGACAUAGGGAGGUGAUAACUAUUCUACGAUGUUGUGACCUGAAUCCCACGUUUGCUCUCAAAGUCCUCAAAGAGAAGGCCUUAAUCAAAUUUCAAAUUGACCCUUUUUGGAAGGAGAAUAUCAUUUGGAUGCAUGACCUUAUAGAAGACAUGGGAAAAGAAAUUGUUCGGCGAGAGUCUCCUAAUGAGCCAGGACGCCGAAGUAGACUCUGGAAUUAUGAAGAUGUUUAUAAAGUUCUUGAGGAUAACAAAGGGACGGAUAAAAUUAAGGGUAUCGUGUUGGAUCCGGAAGCUCAACAAAAAAUACGGUUAAACAGCGGUAGCUUCAAAAACAUGAAAAAUCUUCAAAUUCUUGAAGUACUCAACUUGGAUAAACUUGAUGCAGAAGUUCAAUUGGAUUAUCUCCCCGACGAGUUGAGGGCCAUUAAUUGGACUGAUACUUCAUUACAAUCGUUGCCAGCGAAUUUUAAUCCGAGGAAACUUGGUAUGCUGCACAUGAAGGGGCCCUGCACGAUUCCACUAGUGAACCAGGGAUUCAAGAAUAUGCCACAUUUGAAAUCUAUCCAAUUGUGGUCUGGUCGUGGUCUAGCAACAAUUCCCGAUUUAUCUGGUUUAACAAGCCUGGAGAGAUUAUCCAUACGCUAUUGCAAUGAUUUAGUUGAAGUUCAUCCUUCGGUUGGCCGUCUCGAUAAGCUGACCCAUUUGGAAAUUACAUUUUGUAAGAAUCUCUGGAUGUUUCCUAAUAAAAUAAAGUUGAAAUCUUUGGAAACUCUGGAUCUAUCUAAUUACCCGCUUGCGUUCUUCCCUAAAAUUGAGGGAGAGAUGAAGUCUCUGAGUCGCCUGAGUUUGAGUUGCACUCGCAUUAAAAAGCUACCAUGCUCGGUUGGAAAUCUCACAGGCCUCAAAUCCUUGUCCUUAUAUUCUUGCCAUGAUCUUACGAAUGUCCCGUCUAGUAUCUUCUAUAAAUUGCAACGUCUGGAGGAUCUUGAUCUACGGAAGUGCGAUAACCUUGUUACGUUUCCAACAAUGUCAGUAACACUAGCUCCACCGGUCUUUUCAGCGAGAUUACGACGAGUUCGCCUGAACGGUUGCCAGAGGCUUGAAGAAAUUUCAGAAUUUGCACGAGAAAUAGAAUCCUUAGACGUGACUGGAUGCAGGAGUUUGGAAGGAAUUUCACAUUUGUCAAACAAUUUGGAGUCGACGGAUCAAAAAAUGAUGGCUCGAAUCGAAUUGACUGACUGCCAAAAGCUCUGCGACAAUCUGGCUGGUCGACUAGUAUCAAAGGUUGCAGUUGACAACAAGCUACUACUAAGUCAUGUGCUCAAGAAGAGAAAUACAAUGCCAUCAUCUGAAGAUUUGAUGGGAGAGGCUGAGAAAUUGACGGCUCUGUUGUCUUUAUUCAUCUCUUGUGCGAAUUCUGAAGAAUUUCUAGUAAAAUUUCCAGCAAGUGCUCCAAUUCCAAACUGGCUCAGCCACCGUCAUGAUGUCGAAUAUGCUGCAAAUGAGGAGCAUGAGUUUUUUAUUAAAAUUCCUCAAAAUGUCAAUUGGGACAGCACAGGGUUGGCUCUCUGCAUGAGUCGCCGGUUUGUUGGUAUGUAUAAAUCUGAUGAUAGAUUUCCGGAAUAUUAUCAAGACAGUGAAGAAAAGUUGUAUCGCCACAGGCGAGAGAUUUACAUCAAUGGAGUGAGAUUUCAUGAUGAAGGGCUGGAACCAGGUCACCUAUGGCUGCACUAUAUUCCAAUAAAAACAAUAAAGAGGAGGUUGGGUGAGAGUGGGAUGCCGCCGCCUGAUACGCUUCGAGUUCGGUUUUGUUAUUACAUUUUCUUCGAGGGAAGCUGCGGGGUCCAGCUGAUCGAAGACAGAGCAGCUGUGUUGCAGGUCAUUGGAAACGCAUUUAGUAGUCUUCCUGAUUGGCAAGAAGAGGCCUAUCAAAAGAUCAAAGUCAUGAAGGAGACUUACAUGCCCGAAUUGUAUGAAAUGUACCAGAAAGUUGUUAGUUCAGUUCAGGAGCAAGAGUUGCUUCCACCAGAUCAAGAUAAGCUUGAGAAGCUAAAAGUGUUUGAGACCAUGUUGGAGUGCCUUAUUACAGUGUUACUGCAUCCCAAAGUUAACAUUUCACCUGAUUUGAAGGAGGAUUUGGUUUUACAUGAGAAUCGGAUGAUAAAUUUUAUUCGUGCAAACAAACUGGGUGUACCUGUUUCUUCUCUGCCUGUUUCUUCUCUCCAUCUUCCCCCAUCUGAGAUGCAUGAUUACUGAGAUAUUGAUGAUAUUGUAGCCGUUUGGAGCAGUUUGGAGCAUCUGGAUUCUGUUGCAUAGUUGUUAGUGAAGUCUUGUGUGAUUGGGGUUCAUCUCUUUAGAGACACAGAUCCACUUAGUGAGGGACUGUUAGUUGUUGAGGGUGGUUAGAGUACUUUUCUGGUUUUCUCUCUACACCCAUUUGGUGUAU